UCUAUAACUUUUUUUGUAUAAUCUGUGACAAUUGCUAGUCGAUAGCGGAAUUUUCUUUAAUUAGUUCUGCAACCUAUUCUUUUUCUACUGAGGCUACCAUUGUCCUAUAGCUUUUUUUUUUUGUCUUUUCAUUGUCCUAUAGUUAGUUUACAGUCAUUUAGUCAGCAGAAAAUCAUAUUUAGAGAAAAGUUAAUUUUUAUUUCUUUUUUAAACUGACUUUAUAAAAAUGAUUUUUAUGUUGUCAAAAAUGAUUUUUAUGUUGUCAAAAAUGACAUUUAUUAAUAAUAAUUUUCAACUAUGUUUGAAUAAGAAAAAAAUCCUCCAAUUAAUUUUUAAGUUAUUAUUUUUUUUACGUCAUUAAUUUUUAAGUUAUUAAUUGUUAAGGUCUAUCACAUUUUGUCAUAAAAUUGUAAAAGGAGAAUGACAUACAUUAACAGUUUAUAAGUAAAAGCUAACUAAGGGAUUUCUUUCCAAUUCAAAAUUAGAUUGAAGAGUAUUUUAUCACUAAAAACCAUUUUUGAUUGUUGUUAUUGCUUACAAAUUACAGUAACGUAUUUUAUAAUAAUUGAUAUUUUAAUUUAUGAUUUGUUUAUAAAUUUUCAUUUUUCUACUAAUGCGAAUAUGUAUCUUCUAUACUCGUAUUUAACAGCUCUUUUUUCUCGGGUUUAAGCACUUAUUUAAUGAACCAUUAUCAGAAUUAAACACCAUCUGAACUGAUUGACGCGUGCAAACCGCGUCAUAGUAAAAACUUUAAGAACCAAAAGGUAUAUGGAGGUAAUAUGGAAUGUUAUCGUUUUAGGCAUAUCUAUAUAUAUAAAGCUAAAUAUGAAAAGUAAUUUUUUUUAUCACACAUUCUAGCGUUUUAAGGAAAUAAAUCAGUUUAUAAAAGAAAUAUGAUUAAAUAAUUCGUAAAUAUAUGAAAUUUCGAAAAAAGAAAAAAUAGAACAGGAGACCUAUUCUUUGGUUUUGACUGAAUAUGAGGUGCUUAUAAGAGAAGCAAGUCACUUCAGAGGUUACGAUGUCAGUCAAUUACAAAAUUUUCGGUCAAGUCAAUUUCUUUAUAAUCUAAAUUUCUGCAUCUGAGGAAAUACCAAAGCUUUUUUACUCUGAAAAAAGAGAGAGGAAAAAAACGCAAAAUGGAGAAUAUGUUAGGCCUUCUAAGACUUCAUGUGAUUAGAGGUGUUAAUCUCGCCAUUAGAGAUUCCAAAAGUAGCGAUCCUUACGUCAUUGUUCGUAUGGGCCAACAGAAAUUACGAACUCGUGUGGUGAAAAAGAAUUUGAAUCCAGAAUGGAACGAAGACUUGACACUCUCUAUUUCUGAUCCAGUUCUUCCUAUCAAAAUCAUGGUUUACGAUAGGGACUGGUUCUCAAGGGAUGAUAAGAUGGGAGAUGCGUUUUUUCACAUUGAUCCAUUCCUUGAAGCCAUCAGGAUCCAAAACCAGUUCAGAGGACUCCCCGAAGGAACUGUAAUAAUGAAGAUACAGGCAAGCAGGCAGAACUGUCUAUCAGAAGAGAGCAAGAUUGUGUGGAACAAUGGAAAGAUUGUCCAGAAUAUGUUCCUUAAGCUCCAGAACGUUGAGUGUGGAGAGGUCGAGCUUCAGCUUGAGUGGAUUGAUGUGUCAGGUCUUCUGAGUAUAAAUGAGCAUGAGGAUGUUGCUUACUAGAUCUAUUAUCUUAUUACAUCAAGUUUGUUAGAAAAUAUACUAGUUAUGAAGCUGGCGUGGGGGAGUUAUGGGCUUUAAACCAAAACUCCCCCAAUUGUUUUUUUAUAAAUUGAAAAGAAAAAACUCUUCUCUGGUUUUGUGUUCUUACUCUAACAAGAAAAACAUAACACACUUUGUUGUAGAGAGAGGAAACAAAGAAUGAGAUGAAAUCAAGUAGAUAGCAUAAGAUGAGAUGGAGAAACUGAUUUUUUUCUCUCAUUUUACACAUCAUCUUCUACUACAUAUUCAUAUAAGAAAAUCAGAGUAAUGAACUCUGUUUUCUCUACCCUUACACAUGUUAUAAAGCCCCAUAAAGCUACCACUCUAGACACCACAUUUUAGCAAAAGAAACAAGCAACUUCAAGAACUUGAACAAUUCAAAAUAAACAGUUAACUUCAACAACUUCCUUGACUUGUUGUACUUUGUUUUCUUUCAUCAUUAUUCUCACUUGUUUUGUUGAUACCAUUGUGCAGGAUUAACAAAGAUGAGAUUUCAGCAUACUUGUUAUGAUAAAUGUAAAAAAAAACUACUGAAUCAACGAUAUGGUUUUUAUGUGUUUCUGACCUUUGUUUUUGUUUUCAACACUUUAAUUGCAUCUUAUUUGAAAGAGAGACUUGCUCGGGUCCUGUUUAGUAAUGACAAAUGGUGAUCAUCAAAUGUGAAAAGAUCAAGAAUCGAUAUGCUUGCAUCUAAGUUUGAAAAUCUGCAGAUGGAUGAGAAUUAAUCAUUUGAGGAACUCAGUGGAAAACUGAGUGCAACAGCAAAUGAAGCACAAACAAUGGGAAAGACAUACAAAGACAAAAGGCUUGGAAGAAACUUCUCAGAUGUUUACCCUCAAAGUUAAAUCCAAGAAGACAGCUAUGGACACUGCAUUAGACACUGACACAAUGGAUUUUGGUGAAUUCACGGGUCACUUACAAGCAUAUGAGAUGAAUGAGAAACUCAAGGAAGAACUGUCUAAAAAAAUCUGAAACUAGAAAGCAGAUUCACAUGCUGAAUAGUGGAACCAAGGAUCUGGAGAAGAUUCUCUCUGUUAGAAGGGUAGGCAAGUCCAACUUUGUGUCUCGGUUACAGUGGAAAACUACAGUAAAACAGAGUUUGUUCCGGCUAAGACUUAAGAGAUUGCGUCUGAUACUACAGGAAGUAAGAUAUCAACCAAGAUCAUCUAUUGUGAAACUGAAACCAGUGAGAACUAUAAUGUAGGCUACUUCUGUGGUAAAUACAUGCACAUACCAAGAUAUACUUACAAAUUUCAAAAAAGAAUCACUCCAGAGUUGACUUUGCUUUCCAAUCUUUACAGGUUUAACGUUAAAUAUGAAAUUUGUAGUCAAACGAUUAUGAUGGAUUUCAUCAAAUCUUAUUGUUUUAAUAUCAAAUGAGGUUCAAGUUACAUAUUUCUGAACUCCCUAGCCAAAAGUACAUACUCACAAUGUGAGACACUUUAAAUACGGAACAAUUUGCAAAAUAGUGAUUUGUGUACUCAUAAUUAUUGUAGCUGAUUUUUGUCUACAUACACUUGUUGACAGAAAAACAAUACGCUACUUAUCAAGUUGUGUACUCAUACAUCAACCCUCUGUCUCUCUCUCUCUCUCUCUCUCUCUCUCUCUCUCUCUCUCUCUCUCUCUCUCUCUCUCUCUCUCUCUCUCUCUCUCUUCUCUCUCUCUCUCUCUCUCUCUCUCUCUCUCUCUCUCUCUCUCUCUCUCUCUCUCUCUCUAUUCUGUUUUUAACUCUGGUGCAUGAAGCUGUUCUCUCUUUUAAUCAUAUAAACCACCUUUCCACCAAUCAUUAAUCGUCCUUUCUGCUAACUUUGCUAAGAGGCAUGUUUUUCCUUUAAAGUACUGAAAAAUAUGAAGAGACUAAGUGAUAUGCUAUGCUAUGACGAAAAUGGACUAAGUGCUAUGAACCUUUUCUGUAUUUAGUUUGAAUCAGUAGCAGAACAUAAAUAACUAAAUUAGCAAAUUAGACACGACAAAAUGUGCUAUGAACCUUUUUUGUUUCUGCAUCGUACCCUGGAAGUUGUUAAAAAAAAAGACACGACAAAAAUGUGGAUGUUAGACAUGCACGUCACUUCUCUUUGCCCGUCACGUGUAUAAAUAAAGUCCUCGAAGGAUUUGUCAAGCCACAAUAGAAACCCUUUUCCUCAAGCCUGCCUUUACGUAUAACUUUUUAAAAUAAAAUUUGGUUAGAUACUUCUAAAAUUAUAGCUGGUCCAUGGAGGGUUCGUCCCAAGGGUUGAAAAAAGGUGCAUGGACUGCUGAAGAAGAUAAUCUCUUGAGGCAAUGCAUUGAUAAGUAUGGAGAAGGGAAAUGGCACCAAGUUCCUUUAAGAGCUGGUAUGUCUUUUUUUUUUGAUAACAUAAGAGCUGGUAUGCUACUUUUAUUAAUUUUCACACACACACACACACACACAUAUAACUAAUAAGUACGUAUAUUCUUUUUAUUUUUCAGUACAUUUAUUCUCUUUCUCUCUGUCUAGUAUUAGGAAAUUAAUUAACACCGGGGUACACAAUCAUUGUUUUUCUUUUCGUUUUAAUGAAGGAAUCAUAGAUUCAUAUGUUCUAAUGUUUUUCAUGAAAAAAAACAUUUGCGUUCUUCAUGUUUAAUUACAAAGCGAGAAAAUGUCAACUCUCUUUAUUGAUUCGUCGUUUUUCUUUUUUUUUUUGAGAAAGAGCUUUUUUGAUUAGUGAACUUUUCUGCACGAACCCGUGUGUUUGUGUGGAAUAUGUUGUUUAUUCUGGUGUACUUUGAUCCUUCGUGAUAAAAUUUUACUUCCUUUGUUCUUAAAUAUAAGAUAUUUUGGUAGAAGCAUACAUAUUAAGAAAACUAUUUUUUGUUUAGAAAAUAUCAUUAAAACUAUAAAUUAAUGGUGUUCAACCAAUUACAAAAUAGACUAUUAAAAUAUGAUUGGGUUCACAGUUUUUAAUAAAGUAAAAGUUACCUAGAAAAUUGAAAACAUUUUAUAUCUAAUACUAUAAAGAAGACUAUUCUCUUCUUCUCAGCUUGCCACGUCACUAAAUCGAAUUCUAACAAUGCGACACGUGUUCGUGCUCAUGUUAUACUCUGCGUUUCAUUAAAGCUUGAUGUGGGCUGGUGUUUUCAAUUACGGUUUUGAUACAUAUUGGAUCUCAAUAAUAAUAGGCCCAUUUCAAAAUCAUGAGAGAUGCAAGCCGAUUAGGGUUUCUGCUCUUCUUCUUCAUCGACACCAAAACAGUUCCCAAACAAAAAUGAUGGGAGUUUCGAGGUAUCUCUUUGUUGAUCUUCGAUGGCGUCGUUCUGGUUACUCUCCUAAUUAGAUGAAACGCUCCAAGUUACAGAUCCAUAGCCUUUAUGACCUUCUUAACUCCAAAGACCGAAAUGAGGCACGAUCUGACGUUGAAUGCGAGUUUACUCUCUGUGAGGCGGUGUAAUCUACACAAUAUAAAGUUGGCUCAACACAAGCCACAUGGUGAUGGAAGAUCUUUACAACAGUCGUUCACUGUGAAGCGGGGAUUUUCGGAAGGCUAUGGCAAAGAUUCUGUGUGAGGAGAUGAGUUGAGAUGAGGAUGAGAGUUCUUACUUUUCUUUGAAGAAAUUGAUUGACGGUUCAAGACAAUUACUCCAUUAGCGCCCGCGAACCUGUGGGAAGAGCUUUCGUAGUGUUUGGUUUACUCGCCGGUGGCGUUGCGGAAGUUCAAUUCGUCGGCACCGUUUAAAUGGCAACACCGACUCACUUCAUCUUCAUCUCUUUGGGACGACAUCUGCGCCGUGGCUUUCUCUCAACAUACAGAGCUUCCAUAGUUAUUGUUAAAUCUUAAUCAUGUCUGAGGAUACCAUCACCGUCCCUCUCAGCUGCUGGAAUGUACUCAGCUUGGUUGGAUGGAGCGUCUGCUUGGUUGGAAUUCAGAAAGUUCUGCUCCAAAGGAACCUGUCUGAACGUCAAUGAUGCCUUUGGCCAAGAAUUAUAACAUGGUGGCUGAUCCAAGAAAUACCUGAACAUUGCAAUCUUCUUAAGAGCACCGAAUGUAACAUGUGACGAGGUGUCAAAAGCUCUUCUAGAUUGUAAGAUUGGUCUCCCAUUUGGUUUGUUACUUAGGGGUAAAGUUCUAUUUGCUUUGAUCACUUCAACUUGCAAAAUAGUGUUAACGGAACACAUUCUAUGCACUAAUCUUAUUUCCAUCAUUUUCUAUU